UCUAGCCUAGCUACGAGCUAUAUGAUGAACACACAUAUUCUACCUCCUUCUUAAUAUCGAGAUAAACAUGGGUUGUACCUUCACGAAGGUCAGAGAUCCGUCACGUGAGGCUGACGAGAAAACAUCGGAAGUCCUAAGCCAGACUUCAAUAUUCACAGACUACAAGAAAGAAUUGGAAUGCCACACUGCGCCAGCUACGAGAGAUAUUGUAGAAAAAUGUCACCUAGCUCUGUCAGUGUCAAAUGCAGAGGAAGACGAUGUGAUAAGUCUACAUAGGUACCCUCCAAAUUACAUGGAUGAAUCUGAGAGCGAAAUGAAUAUCCCACCCUACCAUACAGAAACCUCGGACUUAAGACAGGAUUCAUCAAACAGCGACUUAUCAUCUGUAACAGGGAAAGGUCGAUCUUCUUCCAGACUUUCAUCAAGACUAUCAAACUUCUUCCGGAUAGGGAAGCGAAGCAAAUUAAAUAUUCAAGACGAGCUGUCAUCAGAUGGAGACCUCGGGAGAGGGAAUGGGAAUGGAGAUGGCAUGUCAUCAAGCGAAUGGGAUAGACCGCCUACUCCUUCGCGUCAAGACUUCAAGAAAACUGCUUUGCAAAGAGCCAACAACAGAAUGCACAGCCUUUCACAGAGAGUGGCUACCAACAGAGAGAUUCACGAGGACCAAGCGUUGGCGCUGAUUGACGACAUUUUGGAAAGAUAUGAAAUGUCAAAACUAGAAAUAGAAGACGAUGGAAGGUCAUCUUCCUCCUCCAGCAGUGACGGGUCCAUUUUCCCUCCCACGUUCAACUUCCGGGCUUUUGCCAGGCCAAAAGCCGCGAUAGGAACCAGGAACUUGGCUGCCAUAGUACCAGAUCCAGCGAAAGUAUCUCAGGAUAUUGGAGAGUUUGAGACGGAAGUGGAGAAACUGAUUGACGAGCAAGCCGUAGCGACCAGGGACUACCGAAACAGGCAACUUAGACCAGGGGGUGCACGUGGCCCACGUUUGCCGUCCUUCAGCCUCCAGUUCCAGAAUCCGACAGAAGAUUCAAGUUCCGAAACCGUGGCUGAAAAAGGAAGGAGGUAUAGCAACUAUUUUGCUAACACCGUGAGUCGCCCUCAGCUGAUCGUGCCGGGACUGGCAACAGCAGACGAUCGCCUUAUGCAGUGGAUUGUCAGCCAACAGAGGAGGGACUCCGAAUGGCGAUAGAGUGUAGUUUGAUCAAAGAAACCAGUGACGCCAUGAUGGUAACGGGAGUUCUGGCUUUUCCCCUGAAAGUUAGGUUGUGAAUCUGACUAUAACAGACAUCAUUGAAACCAUCUUUUUAAGUUGGUGCACGAUAAUUUAGACCAAAGAUCUGUAUGGACCCGAAUUCAGAAGAUAUCUUGAUUUGAAAUAGACACAUUUUGGAGUGAUAUGACAUAUAAGAAUAUUUGCAUAUGAAAAUCAAGUGCAACCAAUUAGGUCCUGUUCGUACACAUUACUUAUGACAAAUAACAUUAUUUCAAAAAUGGAGUCAUCGAUACGAAUAUUGAAACUUGCUCGGGUAACUAGUUCAAAGAGCUUUUUAUAUAUGAUAGUUGACUAGACCUGAAAACGUCUGUUUGUGAGAGUAAGCAGGACUCACUUGUAUACUCUUCCUGUUGAAGCAGUGUACAAAAUAUACAUUUAACUGUAAUAUAGAUUUAUUAUAUUUCAAUUUAUAAAAAGCGUAAGUCAUAAAAUCGAGUAAAAUUUAAGUUAAUUUUCUUCUUUCUUCUGUAAUAACUUAUACCUCUGUUAUAACUUAUUUGAUUUAUCGAUUCUUAAUACCAAAUGAACAAUCGGGGAUGUCUGUUAGGCCAAAAAUAGUGAUAUGUAUGCUUCACGUUACUUUUUUGGCUUCACACAUCACAAUUUAUAGAGAAAUGUGUGCACUCGUUCUGGGACUCGAUCUACAGGUCAAGGGAGAUAACUCAUACAUGUGCAUGUAUUUCACUGUUGAGGCUGUCGACAAUAAAGGUUUA